AUGGCAUUGCUAAAUCGGACGGCUCUUCUGGAGUAUGAUGUACCUGGUCCUGUUGUCAUUCACGAGCGUGCCAUCCUCCAGCACCUAUCGGGGGAUGAGUACGCAGUUUUGACACCAGAUGGUGAUGUGUACAUAGAAGAGAUGGCAGUUACAAACUCGGACCUUAGGUCCUUUCGACUGAGGCCUGCUCCUGGAGUUCUGCCGCCUGGUGUACUAGCAGCUCAAGUGUAUGGACUUCCGGUUUUCACUCCUGCUGACAUGGCUGGUUACCGAGCUGAGGCGCAGAGAGUUGUCGCUGCGGAGUUGGCCGCUCGCGGAGGUGGUGCAGUGAUUGCUCAAGCGGCUGUUCCUGCUGUCGCUGGUAUGGCGCCGGUUGUGGGGCCAAACCGAGUGGCUGGAGUUCUUCAGUGGUUAGCUGCAGAGACAAGAGGUGGCUAUUCCUUUGGAGACCCUGUGCCAGGUGUGGCGGCGGCUGCAGCUGAACAUGCCCGCAGCGUGCACACAUUGCAUGACGGUGUUGAGAUUUUUGUGCAAUGUGUUGAUGGUGGCAGGGUGCAAGAUUUUUUGGGGACUCCGGCUCUUUCGGAUCACCGCAUUUUGGCUGUGAAACUGAAUCCUGUUGGAACCCCUGAGCGAUCCUUGGGUGACAUUGCCGCAGCAUGCAAAGAAGUCCCUGUGAAGUGGAGCCUUCCAGGUCCUCGCACAUCGAAGUGGUGCGUCACGUACCUCUCGAUAGAGGCUCUUGGCUUUGAGGCCCAUCAUGAGAGGAUGAGAACAUUGUGUCGUUUGGAGCCGAAUUCAUGGGGUGUCCAGGAACACUUUCAGCUGUCGAUGACACUCCGACAUGCUCUCCAGAUAGACCAGCUGGACGCUUUCAACCUGGCCUUUGUCGAGGUGAUGUUCAGAAGGUUGCACACGAUUGAGUAUGCUCACAGUGAACGUGCUCGUGAGGCUGAGAGCAAAAGUGUCGGUGGAAGACUUUCCCUCGAGGAGCAACAAACUUUUGGGGGUCUUGUUCGCCAUUCAGCCACGCUCAUGAUCUGCCCUCAGCUUCUGGAUCAUGUGAAACUGGAGAUUGAGAAAGAGGUCGGUCUGCAGAAGAACAUGAGAAAGAUGAGAGAAGAGCGCGAGAAUGCGCGCAAGGCCGGCAACAAGAAGAAGGGGGAGGAGAACCCCUAG